UGUCUGUCAGUCUCUGGGGGCAUUUUGUAACAUCAGAUUUUUGAAGAAAGGCUGCAUGUAUGGAUGAAUGUAUGGGAUGAAUGUGUGGGAUCAAUGUGUGGGAUCAAUGUGUGGGAUCAAUGUAUGGGAUCGAUGUAUGGGAUCGAUGUAUGGGAUCAAUGUGUGGGAUCAAUGUGUGGGAUCGAUGUAUGGGAUCAAUGUGUGGGAUCGAUGUAUGGGAUCGAUGUAUGGGAUCAAUGUGUGGGAUCAAUGUGUGGGAUCGAUGUAUGGGAUCAAUGUGUGGGAUCAAUGUACGGGAUCAAUGUAUGGGAUCAAUGUAUGGGAUCAAUGUACGGGAUCGAUGUAUGGGAUCAAUGUAUGGGAUCAAUGUACGGGAUCGAUGUAUGGGGUGAAUGU